AGUGCCAAGCCUCCCUCUCACUGCCAGGACAUGAGUCCAUCCAGUCCUCACUUCACUCUUAACGCCUACCAAACUUACACAGCCUCUCCAUAACUGCUGCUGCUCCUCCGUCUGCUUCCGAGCUACCAUUCUCUAGCGCGCUACCACGGUACCACCACGCCCGCCCAUGGCCUCGGGGUCGAACCCGGACAGCAUGGACACCGAGCCUCCCGGCGUCCUCUCCAUCGCCGUCGAGCGCAACCCACCGGAGUCGCGCCUGCAGCAGCUCGGCGUCAAGUCCUGGCCCAAGUGGGGUUGCCCGCCGGGGAAGUUCCCGGUGAAGUUCGACGCGCGGCAGACGUGCUACCUGCUCAAGGGCAAGGUGCGGGCGCACAUCAAGGGGUCGUCGGAGUGCGUGGAGUUCGGCGCCGGCGACCUCGUCGUCUUCCCCAAGGGGCUCAGCUGCACCUGGGACGUCGUCGCCGCCGUCGACAAGUACUACAAGUUCGACUCGUCCUGACUCGGAUCGCUCGCGCGCGGCGCCGCUGAACUGAUCCCGAUUGUUGAUUCAGUGCUAGCUUGAUUGUGCUGGUUAGCCUAAUUUCUCUAGCUAAUUUGCUUACGUAGCAUGUGUCUAUCUCUAAUCGCCUUCUCUGUCGUGUAAAAGAACGUAGAGGUGCAGGGCAUCUCGCCCCGGAGAGCGUAGGCCAGUACUAGUUAGUUAUUGGUCCGGGAACGGAAAUAAUAAAACCCGGUCAAAGCGGGGGCUGUUCAAAGUAUCCUUGUUUAUUCCUCCCAGUGCAAUCCAUUUUGAAUGCUUCUUUGACCA